GCAUCCGGCCCCAGGCGGGGCGACAGGCAUCGGGCCCCCAGGCGGGCGACAGGCAUCGGGCCCCCAGGCAGGGCGACAGGCAUCGGGCCCCCAGGCGGAGCAGCGGGCGCCGGACCCCCAGGCGGAGCGACAGGUCUCGGGCCCUCAAGCGGAGCGGCGGGCGCCGGACCCCAAGGUGGAGCAACAGGUCUCGGGCCCUCAGGGGGAGCGGCGGGCGCCGGACCCCCAGGCGGAGCGACAGGUCUCGGGCCCUCAGGCGGAGCGGCGGGCGCCGGACUCCCAGGCGGAGCGACAGGUCUCGGGCCCCCAGGCGGGAGCGGCGGGCGCCGGACCCCCAGGCGGAGCGACAGGUCUCGGGCCCUUAGGCGGAGCGGCGGGCGCCGGACCCCCAGGCGGAGCGACAGGUCUCGGGCCCUUAGGCGGAGCGGCGGGCGCCGGACCCCCAGGCGGAGCGACAGGUCUCGGGCCCUCAGGCGGAGCGGCGGGCGCCGGACC